AGAUUCUCGCGGAAAAUGAUUGGUUUAGAGGCGUGGUUUGCCAACUUUUCACAAAUUUCCAGUCGAUGGAUCACAGCUCAAUCACUGGCUGAUAUCCCGAGGCCACACGUGGAAUAUGCGAUUUUCGCGACUUUCAAGGCUGCCGAAGUGAUGAGUGUGAUAGUUUCAGGUGGUCUUGUUGCACAUCCUCUCUAUCGUUGGUAUCUUUCGAGAAAAUUGAAUCCGAAAUUGAUGACGCCAAAUUCGGAAAAAAUCAUCAAAAAUGCUUGCAGGAAAUUGCAGGGUCGCUUCCUCAUCGCCGGGCUCAUCACUGCUCCAUUUCUAAGUCGUCUCGAGACCCAUUUAUCUGGAACAACUGACAGUGAAUUGAAGAAUAGAUGUUAUUCGAUCAGAUGUAACGCUGAGACUCUUUCACUAGAUCGCGCCGUCCUCGUGUGCGGAUUCAUCGGAUGGUACUGGCGCCGAUUCCAGGGAGCCGUUGACGGUGUUAACAUUGGAAUUGCCUACGCAAUGGUUAAUAGCCAAUUUAUUGCUCCACGCACGUCACCAGUGCUCAAAAAUAGUAUUGAUGAGUCGGAACGGUUUGAGACAGUCGAAGAGAUGGAGGAGUCGAAGACAAAGCUCAAUAAAUUCUUGGCAGAACAAGACAGGAAGGAUGCUGAAGUGAAAGUUCUCGAUGUUAAAGACUAAUUUUUCGCUGAUUUUCUGUUUUAUUACUACAUAGGCCUUUUCUAUUGCUGAAAUUGAGAUUAGAAUAAACCUUUUUUGACUUA